AUGACGCUGAUUAUACAAGCAGAGAAAAAGAGCGACAUUCCAACAUCCCAACUUAUAGUUAAAGAUUUUUCAGUGACUUUCCACUGACAUAAAAUCUUAUUGGUAAUAUGUGGAAUAGGAAAUUGUAUCCUGAUCUUGACUUUGAUCAUUUUGAUUCUUUUGGGUUUAUGCUCAUCAGAAUGGCUAAAAUAUAAAAAAUGCUACUGGUUCUCUAAUGAAUUGAAAAGUUGGAAUGACAGUUAUGCAUACUGCUUAAGCAGAAAAUCUCACCUACUAAUAAUACAAGGCCAACUUGAAAUGGCUUUUAUACAAAAGAAUAUGAAACAGUCAAAUUAUGUGUGGAUUGGACUUAAUUUUACCUCUCUGACGAAGACAUGGACCUGGGUUGAUGGUUCUCCAUUAGAUACAAAACCAUUUUUCAUAAAAGGACCAGCUAAAGAAAACAGCUGUGCUGCCACCAAAGAAAAGAACAUUUACUCAGAGUCCUGUAAUAGCAUUUUCAAAUGGAUUUGCCAAUAUUAG